UUCAUCAGCGCAUACAGUGACUAAGCUAGCUAAUUUAAAAAUAAAGAUCAGCAUUAAAACUUAGUUUAAAGUUCUGGUGACCAUAGGUUUACCAUAGAUUGGAGUAAAUGUGCUGCAGCUCCUGGGGAAACAAGUGUUUUUCGGCGAGGUGAGAGCAACAAGUGAAGAAGUCAAGUGUAACGAUGCUAACAUGUUAGCAGCUAGCAUUGGUCAGAUGCAGCAACCGCCUUCCUCCUCCGGCAGGCCCCAUCUUCAGACUGUCGAACCCUACAACCAGUCCGCUGACAUGAAGCUAAAGGAAAUGUGUGUAUGAGUACAUGGCACUGGGAUUAAGACUGUUUGGAAUACAGCGCCGAGAAACAUGCUGCAUAUUAAUGGAUGGACAUCAGAAGAUUUGAAUAUCAAGGAGCCACUCAAAGGAAAAUGGCCCACAAAGUGGAGCCCGCUCUUGAGAGACACGUUUACAAGCAGAGGGAUGUUUUCCCUGAAACGCCUCAACAUUGACAUUCACCAGCAGUCAUCUGUUUUAAUGAGAAUGGUGUGAAGGACCCACGGAUCGAGCGUGCCGUUGGGGUUUGUAAAAAGGCUGUUACUGCCUUUUCCUAUAGCUGGAAAAAAAGAAGAGAGAUGGGUGAAGUACAGGCUGAGCUUGGUCUACCCCCUCAUCAGCUAAUAACGGAGUCCCCUACCAGAUGGGGUUCACGACAAAAAAUGAUAGAGAGAUUUCUGGAACAGGAGAAGACCAUAGCCUGUGUCCUCGGUGCAGACAAGAAAAGUCGGCAUCUCGUGCCCACAUGGCAAGAGGUUUUAGAAUCAAUAAAUAAAGCUGUCAAACCACUCCAAGACUUUACUGACGCCCUGUCCUGGGAGGGUUAUGUUAGCGUUUCCUACAUUAAGCCGGUGCUCCAUUUGUUCAAAACCAGUCUCCUACAGCCAGAGGAAGAAGAUACCGAGCUCACUAAAACUAUUAAAAAAAACAUUCUGCUGUACCUUGAGAACAAAUACAGCAACCCUGUGACGGAUGAACUCUUAGACAUGUCCUCACUGAUGGACCCCAGGUUCCGAACAACCUACAUUGACCCAGGAAAGGUGGAACAAGUAAAAAACAAAAGAGCAGUCACUGAGCUGUUGUCUCUGCCUGCUGAAAAAAGUACACCACAGCAGCCUGGUCCAGCUGUGCAGGUGCGCCAAGAAGCCCAGCCUCCACCCAAUAAGAAAAUGACUUUAGCUUCCUUCAUUAAGAAGAGUAUGCCGGUGCCAUCUCCCCACCAGUCAGAGGGAGGGAAAGUAGAGACUAAGCUGGCAACCUACCUGCUGACCCCUGAGGCAGAUCCAGACACUGAUCCACUUGAGUGGUGGAAGCGCCACGAACCAAACUUCCCAAGGCUCAGUAAUCUGGCCAAAAAAUACCUAUCUGUCCCUGCUACAAGUGUCCCGUCAGAGAGGGUUUUUAGUGUGGGGGGUGGCAUUGUUACUUGCAACAGGGCAUGCCUCAAGCCAGAGGUAGUAGACAGGCUUGUUUUCCUUGCCAAAAAUUUGUAAAAAGAAAAAAGAAACUAAAGACAGCAUGGCAAGCACCUCAUGUCCUGUAUAUCUUCUAAAAUUUGAUGUUGACUAUGCGAUGCAUGCAGAUGUUUGAUGAUUUUGUUUACAUAUUCAGGGAUACAAAAUAAUCUUCGUAUACAAGAGGCACCUUUUAUUUAUAUGCACAUGUGAACUUUAAUGAAGGUUUUGUUUACCAAUGAGGAAAAUUAUCUAUUUUUGUAACGACAUGUUAAAUGUUAAUGUUUUCAAAAAGUGUUUUAUCAGAAAGGGACUUAUUUUUUUCAAGAGGAAGCACUUUUAUUUGUUUAUUUUACGUUAGUUUGAAGGUGCGCUGUAUCACAGUCAAAGAAGAAGUUUUCUUAGUUAUGUUUUCAAAACUGGGAGAUGGGAAGUUGGGACAUUGUUUGAAGCCAGUAGAAAGCUUGCUGAAAAGUUUAAUUUUCGCUGUUGUUUACAAUGGCAGGGCCUGUCAUCUUGUUUACAAGCUUGUUUCAAGACUUGUGUUUUGUUGCACUUUAGCCCUAAUGGGAAAUUUUGUUCAAAUCCCAGAAGAGAAAAUCAAAACAAAAUAAAAGCAAAACUUGUUUUGAAUAAUUUCUUUGUCAUUUGUAGUGUGU